AUGACCAUAAAGCUGGCACCUCUGGUUCUUCCUGCUAACGUCGACCGGGAGAAGUUCUCAGAUUUCGGCAGGGAGGUCAAGGAUAUCCACCCAGGGAAUUGCACUGCAGACGAGUUCAAUGAAAUCGAAGAAGCCUUGUACAAGCAUGACUUCCUUUUGUUUCGAGAUAUCGACUUGUCCCUUGAACAGCAAUUCGCCUUGGUCAAGGUAAGCGUUCGACCCCAAAGCAGAAAAUACGUCCACAAAACAGACGAGAUGGGAAAAGGAAUCGUGGACGCCUACGCCAACAAGAUCCCACGUAUCCCUCAAAUCCGGCUCAUAGGCCACGGUACCGUUUACGACCACGAAGGCAUCCCGGAAAUAACGCUCAGGCACGAACAUCACGAGAGCUUCCAGAAGACGCGAGUCCCAAUUGAAGAUGAACACCCUAAAGAUGGAAGUCCUCCCGCGACACGUUUCUUCCGUUGGCAUAUGGAUUCCGCGUUAUAUGAGUCAUCUCCAUCGAAAGCAACUGCCCUAUAUGCGAUCCAAGUUCCACAGGGACCGGCACAAACGGUCAGAUACGAUGACGGCUCUGGGGACGAGUUGAGUGUCACUCUGGGAACGACGGCGUUUGCAUCAGGAAAAAUAAUGUUCGAUAUAUUGCCCAAGGAGCUGAAAAGCUUCGCGGUGAGGGCUUGGGCUAGGUACGCGCCACACCCGUUUGAAUGGAUGGCAAGAGCUAGGGCAACAUCGACUGGGCUGGGGUUGGAGAAUGAGGGAUUGGAAAAACCGUUGGAUACAUUGUCGAGCUGGGAUGAAGAUAAAGUCAAGGUAUACCCAUUUGUGUGGAAAAAUCCAGUGACAGGAUCCCUUCAUCUCCAAGUCCAUCCAUGUGCAAUCUCGGAGAUUCACAAUUGUCGAAGUGAUCCUGGGACGUUAUACUCAGACGGUGGCCACAUCACAGAUCUUCGCAAAGUCCGAGAAAUCGUGUAUAAGAUGCAAAGGCCUGGGAUCGCGCCAAACCUCGUCUAUCCGCAUCCGUGGGAGAAUAAAGAUCUCGUAAUAUUUAACAACCGCGGUCUUAUUCAUACAAUCGUUGGUUUUUUCCGGCCAGAUCAAGUUCGCGUAUUUCAUGGAUGUAGCCUUGCUGGAUCAGAUGAACCUACUGGGCCGAGCAAGGAAGACAUAUUGAAGUGGGUGGUUUGA